GAGAGUGGGGAGGUCCUGAACAGAAGGGACACGGGGCAGGGCGUGGGAUCCCUGUUGUCAGUGCCAGGUGAACAAUGGUGAUCGGGCCGUCUCUGCUGCUCCUUUUGCUGUUGACCCUACAGGAUGGGGACAGCUGUCAGGGCCCAGAACUGGUGUGGGAACUUGUCCUGGCCAAGGUGAAGGCUCUGAUCCUAGAUGCCUUGGGGCCCCCAGCAAUGACUGGGGAAGGUGGGAGCCCUGAAAUAAGGCGGCUGCCACGAAGACAUGCCCUUGGGAGCUUCGAGCACAGGACCUCUGAACCAGAGGAGGAGGAUGUCUCUCAGGCCAUCCUUUUCCCAGCCACAGGUGCCACCUGUGAGGACCACCCAGCUGCUGGAGAGUUUGCCCAGGAGGCUGGAGAAGGUCUCUUCACUUAUGUAUUCCGGCCAUCCCAACACGUGCGCAGCCACCAGGUGACUUCAGCCCAGCUCUGGUUCCACACCGGGCUAGACAGGAAGAACACAGUGGCCUCCAACAGUUCCGGGACCCUGCUAGACCUGCUGGUGUUGUCACCUGGGGGGCCCAUGGCUGUGCCUGUGUCCUUGGGACAGAGUCCUCCUCGCUGGGCAGUACUGCACCUGGCAGCCUCCGCUCUCCCUCUGCUGACCCACCCGGUUCUAGCAUUGAUGCUUCGAUGCCCUCUCUGUUCCUGCUCAGCCCGGCCAGAGACCACGCCUUUCCUGGUGGCUCACACCCGGGCUAGACCACCCAGCGCGGGGGAGAGGGCCCGACGUUCAGCCCCCUCCAUGCCUCGGCCUUGGUCUCCUGCCGCUUUGCAGCUGCUGCAGAGGCCUUCAGAGGAAGCCGCUGCCCAUGCCUAUUGCCAUCGAGCUGCACUCAACAUCUCCUUCCAGGAGCUGGGCUGGGACCGCUGGAUCGUGCAUCCUCCCAGUUUCAUCUUCCACUACUGCCAUGGUAGCUGUGGGGUGCCCACAUCUGACCUGCCCCUACCAGCCCCUGGGGUUCCCCCUACCUCUGCUCAGCCCUUGUUUUUGGUGCCAGGGGCCAAGCCCUGUUGUGCUGCUCUACCAGGGAGCAUGAGAUCCCUACGUGUCCGAACCACCUCAGAUGGAGGUUACUCUUUCAAGUAUGAGAUGGUACCCAACCUUAUUACACAACACUGUGCUUGUAUGUAAAAGCAUCUUGUUUCCUCACUCCACAGCUGAUAGCCACCAGCAUCCCACCAUCAUCAGCUAGGAGGAAAGCAGGGUAUGGAAAAUAGAAAGUUUCCACAUCUUCCCUACAUGUUUCCAUCUGAGGGCUCCAUACCCUAUUCCACCCCAAUCCCCUGGGUAACAAUAAAGAAGUGUGUGUGUGUG